AUGGGCACGAAUUUGUUAAUAGAACUUGGUGGAGCAUACGUGUAUUGCAAAAUGGCCGACGAUCCGUGUGAAUGCUUAUUCAAUCAUGAGAGCGCAAUGCGCCGCUUACUUUCGCUGUUGCGUGACUCGCAAGGCUAUUGCACGGAUUCGGAAUGCGUCCAGGAUUUGCCGGGUCCCCAGGGAGCAGGCUUCGGCGCCAAUAAUCUGAUGAUAAUUGGCAUUCUGUGGGCUUUUCUUGCUCUCGCAAUGUUCUUUUUGCGACCAAAUUCGAUGCGAUCAACGCCGGAGGCAAUGGGUAAACCAGGACCAAGCUCUCAAGGUGGUGGCGGUGAUCCUCCAGCGCCCGGUGUACACUAG